GCACAAGUUCCAAUUACAUAAUGGUGAUAGAGUUGCAUCGUUAACAAGAGUUGGCCACACGGCCCAUCAUCUUCAGGUUAUCGAAAAUCCUGAUUGGAUUUUGCUAGUCGGUGGGGCCAAUCUCUCUAGCUGUUGUAAAAAUGCUCUUCUAGUAAAUAUUAAAAAGGAUCAGGUUUACUCCGCUGAACACCCGGAUGCCUUACCUGUUCCUGGUCUAUCUCGAUAUGAGCAAUCGAGUUGUAUAUGUGAUUGCGAGAUUAUAAUUUUCGGUGGGGCGACUUCGGAGCAGCCACUGAAUGAUAUUUUACGUUUGAAGAUGGAAUCAUUCUCCCUAAGUGGGUCGCAGCCGUUUCUAAAGUUUAGUACCCCAAAUGAAAGCAUAAUUACAUCGCCUACAUGUAUAAUUACUCCUAGAACUCAACAUACCGCAGACUGUAUUACAAGUGCCGGAGAAAUUAUAAUUUUCGCAGGUGGAAAUAUGGGUAGUGAACCUGUUGCUGACUCGUCGGUGUAUGCUUAUGAAGUCAAGUCUAAUAAAUGGCGAAUUAUUGAAAUGGAGAUUGGAGAUCACGACUUCCCACACUGUCGAAUGGGACACUUAAUGAUUAUUCGACCAAGAGAUAGUCAAUCAUCACUAAACGAAGAAUUUGUAUAUAUUCAUGGUGGGAUGUCUGGAAAUGAGUUCCUUGAUGAUUUUCAUCGUCUUCGAAUUAAACGAAUAAUGGUAGAAAACGGAGAGGCACGAUUGACUGGUGAAUGGCAAAACGUGAGGAAUGCAGUACCUUCGGAGGGAAGUUUCUGGCCCGUGGCUCGUGCAGGACAUGGAGGAGCCAUCGUGUAUUCCAAUACGAAUGUUCUGCGUUUUUUUAUAUUUGGAGGCUUAAAUUCCAGCGGUGCCUUGAACGAUCUUCAUUACUUCGAUGAAGGUUCAAAACAAUGGACCACAGUAACUACCUCUGGUAAUGUUGUACCAUCACCUCGUCUCGACUUCGCGUUUACAACUCUUCGCUUGAAGGUUGUAAAUCCAGACUUUACGCCAGAGGCUACUGAACUUACAUCGACUUUUUCAGUUUCAAAUUUGGAUGAUGAUAAUGAUGAUUAUGAUGCCCAUGAGAAGAAUCCAUCUGCAGAUCAAGGAAAUCUCUUUGUGUGGAAGAAUUACCUUUUCAUCCAAGGAGGAAUGAAUGCUGAUCAGGACAUCUUUAGCGAUGCUUUUCUAUGCUGUCUAGAUGAUGUACCCUGA